AUGAACUUCCCGAACAUUUCGAAGAAGAUGGUGGCCCCAGGAGGGGGUGGGAUGAAGCACAGCGGGGGGGACGACAAAGGGGGUGAACACAUCACGGGGAAUUUCGAUCCCACGGCACUGGAAAGAGGAGCGAAGGCUCUUAAGGAGCUCGACCAGUCAUCCAACUCGAAGAAGGCAUUCGAGUUAAUCAAGCUACAGGAAUUGACUAAGCAGAAGGAGUAUGAAAAACAAAUGGAAGAGUUAUCACUACAGAAGGCGCAAUACCUUAGUAACAAAAUGAGGAUUGAAAAUGAGGAGAAAAGGAAAACAAUCAACUACCAACAGGAGCAGGAACGAAUCACAGCCGAGUACAAAACGAGACUUGAAGCGGAAGCGUAUCAGAAGAAACUACUAGAUCAACAGAAGCAAAAUGAGGAAUGGCUAAAAAACCAACAUGAGCAAUAUUUGAGACAAGAAAAUAUUCGAAAAAGAAACGAACUCGAAUUAUUAAAUUUAAAAAUGAAACAAAUCAAGGAGGAAAAAUUAAUGGAAAGGGAAAACAUGAAAGCAAAAAUACAAGAAGAAAAUAAAGGACUCAUAGAAAGAGAAAGAAAAAAUCUGGACAUCCAUUUGAAGACGCUAAGAUUGAAGGCAGAUGAGGAAAGGAAAACCAAAUUGGAAAGUAUAAGUAAAUAUUUUGAACAGUUUAAUAAUUCUAUGUUUUUAUUUUUAAAUGAUAAGGAGAGGUUAUACCGAUUUGUCCUGGUAGUUACACUCACCUCUGUGGGGAUUUACACGACGAAACACACCACAAGGCUGAUACGAUCCUACGCAGAGACGAAACUGGGGAAGCCAAAGCUUAUAAGGGAAACAUCCCUAUGGCACAUUAAUAAAUUUUUCGACAUUUUUAACUUAAAAAAAAACAUCCUUUUGAUGAAAAAAGUUAUAAAAAGAAGAAACGUAAAGGAUACCAACUUUUUUAACAACAUUGUAUUAAAUGAAGAACUACAGGAGAAGCUAAGUUGGUCGAUUAACAGCUUAACGAAUUCGAAAAGGUAUGACCUUUAUCUAAAGAACAUAUUACUUCAUGGUCCACCAGGGACAGGAAAAACUUUGUUCGCCAAAACUCUCUCCCAUUUUAGCAAUUUCGACUACAUAAUAAUUAAUGGAGGUGAUGUGAGUGCCUUAGGUGUUCAUGCUUCUGUAGAGCUGAACAAAAUUUUUGACUUUAUAAAACGAAGGAAAAAUAAAAAAUGUGUGAUUUUUUUUGAUGAAGCUGAAGCGUUUUUAAGAAGAGGGAGAAAUGAAUCAUCGGCUCAUUUUUCAGAGAGCCUUCGAAAUGCAUUAGCUACUUUUCUCUACCACACAGGAACAGAAUCGAAGAAAUUCUGUAUCAUUUUAGCUACCAACUGUAGGGAGAUCCUAGACCCUGCUGUUAUAGACCGAAUGGAUGAACAGUACAUUUUUGAUUUUCCGAAAAUUAACGAAAUUAGGAAAAUGCUUUCUCUUUAUUUUAAUAAAUACGUCUUCCCUUUGAAGAAGUACGACAUCGUUGUAGACUCAUCCAUAGAUGAUCUGUAUUUAGACGUUUUAGCUAGUCGUCUCGUUGGUUUGUCGGGCAGACAAAUUUCUAAGCUCUGCCUCAACAUACAGAACUGCGUCUUCGGUAGCAAUUCUAAGGUUGUUUCGAAGGACCUCAUCGAUCUGAUCGUUAGUUGGAAUUUAAGCAAUUCGUUUGAAGCUCGCGGGGAAAUGCAGACCAAUACGAACGUCGCUGCUUCUACCCCGAGGGGAUCUGCCAGUGGGAUUUCGCCCGGUGCCACUAAACAGGGCGAAUCUAACUCAGGCACAAACUCAGGCACAAACUCAGGCAAGAACUCCGGACCCGACAUGAGCAUGGGUUCAAAUAUGGAGUCCAACAGUUUGGGGGGGAAAGAAUCCAGCACGGUAACAACAGCAUCCAUGGCGAGAUCAGUGACAGGCCUCAAUGGGGAUGAUUCGAAGGAAGAAAAUUCACCUCAGACGAAGAGCAAAGUAGUGAUGCAGCAUUGA